UGUGCAUCAAUAGUACGCACUGUCAUGUCGUCGCGUACUACCUAGUACGCUAGUAAUCGUUUUCCUUUACAGCUCCGGUGGCGAAAAGAAAAGCAACAGAAACUCUCGCUAUCAACUUGGCACUGUGAGGGUUCUGGAAGUUGUGGAUAUGGAGUUGGACCCGGACAGAACCUGACAGCGGUGUAAACUUCUACACAGAGUUUAGGAAGAUACUGAAGUGUCAGAAUGACUCAUGUGACUUCUGAGUUGGAGUUGCAAACGCUAGCAGCGUGUAACUACUGCUUCCCAGCUGAGGUCCUGGCAGAGGUCAGAGAGGUCACGUCAGCAUUUCCUGACCUGCACUUGUACGUGGAUUAUUACUAUUACCCCAACAAUGAUAGGAAGAAGCUGGUCCACUUGCGUGGCACCAUCCCCAUGCUUUACGAAGGUGCACAGUACAACAUCCCAGUGUGCGUCUGGAUCCACGAGACACACCCCCAGAACCCGCCACGCUGCCUGGUGUGCCCGUUACGCAGCAUGGUGAUCAACAGCAGGAGCAGCAGCGUGGACGCCCAGGGUCACGUCCUCCUGCACUGCCUCAGCAACUGGAAGCAGGGUUGGUCCAACCUGUCCAUCGUCCUGGAGGAGAUGGUCGCUGCGUUCCAGCGUGAGCCGCCUCUUUUCUCCAGAUCUCCAAAUCUCGCCUCUAGCGCCAAGCAGCGUUCGCUCGUGGAGCAGCGCGAUCUUCACAGACCUGAUCAGACCCCCGGGAGUGGGAACUCCGUACACAGGAAGUUCUCUCACCCUGAAAUGUCCUCAUCGGCUCUGACCCAGUCAGCAAACAGCUCUCAGAGUGUGAAGGGGAGUCAGUCUCAGGACGGCGUAGGCGAGCUGAGCGGUGUGAAGAGGUCGUACACACAGGAGCUGCUGGAUUUCGGGAUUUCGUUCGGAACACCGAACCUCCGGAGAAACCCGACUAACCCAUUCAUCACUGCCCCAAAUAUGAACGCCUCCGAUCCAGAUGACAUCAGCAACCUGUUUAAAAGCCUUCAGCUGGAACGAAUAAACACGCACCAACUUUACAAAGACAAGGACAUUCCGCAGGCGUGGAGGCGGAGUCAGGGGCACGAGGAGGGAUCUUCGGCCCAGCCGAGGUCACUCGAUGACGGACACAGAGUCUUAGUGAGCCACCUGCCCGUGGGCGUCUCUCCUCAGAGGAUGAAGAACAAACUGACCAUUUACUUUCAGAGGAAGCAGAACAGAGGCGGCGAGGUACUGGCUGUCACGUACCCUUCAGCUCAGCCGGACCAGGCGGUGAUCACCUUCAGGAACUACAGAGACGCAGCGCAUGUCCUGAAAGAGCCGAGCAGGAUUAUCACAGUGGACGAACAUCAAAUUCUGAUCCAGCUCCAGAACUUCAGUAGCUCACGAGUCCCCGUCCCUAAGGGCAUCCAGGGCGAGAAAGCCGAGAUGUUCAGCAUCAUCCUGAGUCAGGAGGGCUGCUCUUUCACCCCCGCAGAUGUGCUGGAGGCGGUUCAGGCGUGCCGAGACAUCCCGUCUGCUCUCAAAUACCUCUCUCACGACUGCCCCAUCUGCCAGGAGCAGGUGUCCUUCAGCAAGAUGAUCACCAUGACGCACUGCUCGUGUACGUUCUGCGAAAGCUGCUUCAAGGCCUACUUCUCGUCCGUCAUCAAAGAGAAGAGCAUCGAGCACGCGGUGUGUCCGCUGUGUAACGAGCCGGACGUGCGCGCGGCAGGACGCAGGGAGGAGUCCAUGGAGUACUUCAACCUUCUCGACACGCAGAUCAGGCACUAUCUGGACACGCAGACGCAUGAGCUGUUUCAGAGGAAGCUGAGGGACCGGGCUCUGCAGGAGAUGCCUAACUUCCGCUGGUGUGCUCAUUGUUCUUUCGGACUUCUUCACGAAGCGGACAGACUGAGGAUGGACUGCCCCAGCUGCCAGAAGAGCACGUGCUUUAAGUGCAAAAGCCCUUGGGCUUCCCAGCACGAAGGACUUUCCUGCGAGAAGUUUAAGGAGUGGCUGCGGCUCAACAGCCCCGAGUUCCAAAACUCGCGUCUGGAGCUCCUCCUCAGCCGGAACAAGAUAGGUCCGAUACGCCGAAACCCCGAUGACGUUCCAGUCACUCUGCAUCACUCGGAUCAACUAUUUUAUAACGUGUUAACGUGCCUUAUCUAUAAACACAGCGUAUUUUCAGUAGUUUGUGUUUUUGUUUCUUGUUUUGCAGACUGCCCGAAAUGCAAGUUCCGGUUCUUUCUGUCUAAAGGCGGCUGUUUACAUUUUAAGUGCACUCAAUGCCAGCACGAGUUCUGCGGAGGCUGCAGUCGGCCGUUCAGGAUAGGCGCGGCGUGUGAUUUCUCCGCUGAAUGUGCCGCUAAGGGUUUACACGCCCAUCACCCCAGGGACUGUCUGUACCACCUCCGAGACUGGAGUGUAGCCAGACUGCGCAGUCUAUUGCUGCACCACGGCGUGUCCCAUCCGUUCGUGUCCAGACGGAAAGACGACGACGGGAAAAAGGCUUCGAAAGGUGUGUGCGGAGUAAUGGAGCACAAAGAGACCGGCAGCGCGAAAGAAGAUCCGUGCGGGCGUCCGACUUUCCACGACUAUAACGGCUACUGCACGCUUCAUUAUAAGGAGUGUCUGGUGGAGCUGAUUAACCAGAACCGCCUCGAUCCGGCGGUGCUGCUCGAGGGACCCGAACUGCGUGCCGAACUGGACCGCUGGAAGAUCCCCGUCCCGGAGAAACAACCCCUGGAGUCAGACAAGACGUACAAGGAGCGCCUCAGACAGAUGUUGAUCCAGAGGGUGGGUUUGACCGCAAGCGUCGCUUCGAUGUCAAACCCGGCUGCUCCACCCACACCUUCGCCUUCUCCAACCUCCCCGCCGCUCGCCGCCGCUCCCUGGUACUCGGUGCUGAACCCGGGCAGAACCAAAGCCGAAGACUCGCAACUGCUGCUGCUGCUCAACGAUUGAGGAGAGACUUUAAAAUCGUUCUCGCACGCCGAGGAAGAUCCGAUCGAUCUCCGGCGUGUAUCCACUGUGCCCUGAGGUUUUAUCGCUACCAGAGUAGCACACCUGAUCCAUUCAGCAGGUACACUCCUGAACGUGGCUUAUAGUUUCCAGCUUUUUAUUCUUUUCUUUUUUUUUGGUUCUCAGUGCAGUUAUGCAAAAUGAAGUCUGUAAGUAUUUACACUCAUGUUGGGUUUUGGCGCUGUAUCACAGCACAGUGUUCAUUAAGCACUUUAUACUCGAGGAGGAAGAUCUCUCUCCCUCUCUCUCUCUCUCCAUUCGCUCAAGCUUCACGUUCAUCCGCGUGAUCAUUUUAUACGGUACACACAAUUUUUUUGGGAGCUAGUGGCUGCAACCUGUCCGUGUUUUAUAAUUUGUAUUUAAUUAUUAUUAAUGUUUGAAUAAUUUAUUGCGUUUUUAAUGGUUUUGAAUUGUAGUCACGUUUUUUUUUUUUUUUUCUAAUAACAGGAACUAAGUCUACAAGACGAACCAAUCGCUUUCGAACGUGUUUUUUUUUUUUUUUUUCUCACUACAGGUACAACAAAAAAUUGACUCUGAAAAGUUAAAUGAUCUUCUUUUGGUUCAUUCGAAGAAAUAGUUGUUUUUUUUUCCCCCCGUUUAUUUAUUUCAUUUGGAAGGAGUCUCCAGUGUCGGCGUACCUUUUCCGGUGUAAUUAGGACAGAGGAGUUUACGCUUUUUCUCGUUGCCUUGUCAACUUCAAGAGAGAGAAAAAGAAAGAGGCCGGUGAACGAAACGACGGGUUUGUGACGCACGUUCCACGACGUUGAACGCGACUAUAAACGGAUCAAAAGUACGGCGCAUCAUUCGACGAUAAAAAUUGUCAUCGUUGCUCUGAAAGCAUAAAAGACUUUGUAACGUGCGCUUACACGAAAACGAUGGACUUCAGGAAAAGGAAAAACCCGUAACCCCGCUCGAUCACGUCGAUUGUUUUCCUCCAACAGCACAGCACCGAGUUUUAUGAAAAUAUUUCGCAUGCAUUAGUGUUAGCAUACAGAGCCAAAACAAAUGCUAACAGACUGCACUGAAUUUUACCCGAGCUUACGUCCUCACGUGUGUGUUUUAUUUACGUUUUUUUUAAUAUACAUAUUAGAAGUGUGAGACUCGUCUAAACUGUGCACACCGCACUAAAACACUGACCAUGUCCCAGUGUCUCCUCGUUCUUCUGUUUCUCCUCUGUGCAUUCAUUUCAAAAUAGUUCCAUGUGAAUAACCGUCACGUUUCUGAUUUACAGAGCACAGGAAUGCAGGUUUUAUUGAUCGUGACGUGAGCAUUAAACACAGAGGGGACGUUGUGAAUAACUGGGAUAAUAAAAUAUUUUUCUAUCA